UGGGUUUUUAAUUUGCGCCACCACAGAGAGAGUUGUCGGUUUAAAGGUUCAACGGUGCCCCUCCCAACCGCCAGCUGGUAGCUGUCUUUGCUCUUCUUCUUUUUUUAUUCUCUUCUUCUGUCUUCUUCUUCUUGCACAGUAGACAGCCUCAUCCCCCAUUGUCUCUCCUUCUGGCAGCGCUAUCCCGCCCUGCUGCUGCCGCUUGCGCUACGACGCUUAUCCACUUUCCGUCGGUGCCUGUCUCACCUCCAACGCCGUCUUCGUCGCACAAUCCUGUUCUUUUUUGCCUGUGUCGUGCUCCACGUGAGGCUUGGAAAGCUUUCUUUGUUCGUCGACGACCAGGCAAGUCGAUAGUUUGUAAAACUUGCAAACACAGAAUCGUCACUGGUGCUGUCCUUCUCUUCCACGUAGCCCUUUCUUCCCUCGUCACUUCUUCAAGAUGGGCGCAAAAGAGUACUCCGACGAAAAAAUGGUGGGCAACGGCCACGAUCUCAACCUCGAGGCCAGCCAGCCGCCCAUGGUCGAAAAUGUCGAGUACAACCUCGCUGCUCAGCACGACCAGCUUGAGCGUGGUCUCGAAUCCCGCCAUAUCCAGUUCCUGGCCCUCGGAGGUGCCAUUGGUACCGGUCUCUUUGUCGGUUCUGGUGUUAUUCUCCGAGAUGCCGGCCCUGCUCCCCUCUUCAUGGCCUACCUCAGCAUGAUGCUCAUCGUCUGGGUCGUCAUGAACAACCUUGCCGAAAUGGUCACCUACCUCCCGAUGCGUGGUAUCACCGUCCCCUACUUUAUCGAACGCUUUCUCGACCCGAGUUUGGCUUUUGCUGCUGGCUGGAACUAUUGGUAUGCGUACGCUAUUCUCGUCGCCGCCGAGGCCAAUGCUGCAGCUUUCGUCAUUGAUUAUUGGAAAGUCAACGUCAGCGUUGGUGUCUGGAUCGCCAUCAUUCUCAUCGUCAUCCUCUUCCUCAACAUUAUUGCCGUCCGAUUCUUUGGUGAGGCUGAAUUUUGGUUCGCCAGUAUCAAACUCAUCACAAUCAUUGGUCUCAUCAUCCUCGGCAUCGUCAUCUUCUUUGGUGGUGGUCCUAACCAGGGGCACCAGGUGCGCGGCUUCUACUAUUGGAAGACGCCAGGUGCGUUUGUAGGGUUCCAUGGAAUAGGAGGAGACAAAGGGCGCUUCCUGAGCUACUGGUACGCCUUCAUCAAGGCUGGUUUCGCCUUCAUCACCUCCCCCGAGCUGAUUGCUAUUGCUGCUGGUGAAACCGUCGCUCCUCGCCGAAACAUUCCCAAGGCUGCCCGCCGCUUCGUCGCCCGUCUCGCCAUCUUCUACGGAUGUGCCUCUCUCGUAAUUGGCAUUCUCGUUGCUUAUGACGAUCCCAUUCUCCUCAGUGCUAUCAAAUCUGGUGAGUCUGGAGCUGCUGCUUCGCCUUUUGUCAUUGGCAUCCAAAACGUGGGUAUCAACGUUCUCGAUCACAUCAUCAACGCCGCCAUCCUCACCUCGGCCUGGUCUGCCGGAAACUCCUUCCUGUACUCUGGAAGCCGUAUUUUGUAUUCCAUGUCCAUCAACGGUCAGGCCCCAACCUUUUUCAGCAAGACGAACCGAUUCGGUCUUCCCUGGGUUGCCGUCCUCUUCACUUGGCUCCCGGGUUUGCUCGCCUUCCUCAACUUGUCUGCGUCCUCUACCGAAGUCUUCAACUGGCUGUCCAGCUUGACCACCAUUUCUGGUUACAUUGCAUGGAUCAUCAUCAUGUUCACGUACCUGCGCUUCCGCAAGGCCAUGAUCUACAACGGGCUGCUGUCUGAGCUUCCCUACAAGACCGCUCUUCAGCCCUACGCCACCUACGUUGCAGUGUUUGUUGUCACCGUCUUGACAAUCACCAACGGCUUUGCCUCGUUUUUGGGCGAGUUUGACUACAAGGCGUUCUUGACGUCUUACAUUACAAUUCCCCUCUUCUUGAUCUUCUAUAUCACUCACAAGGUCUUCUUCCGCACGAGACUCAUUAUCCCUAUCCACGAAAUCGACUGUAUAACAGGAAAGAAGGAGAUGGACGAGAUGGAGGCCAGAGAGAGGCCUAGAGUAGCAAAGAACAUGCUGCAGAAGAUCUGGUACUGGAUAGCCUAAAGAGGCUCUAUCGUUGUUGUUGUCUGUGUCUACUAUUUUAUUUGCUUCCAUGUAUUUAGCUGCGAUUGUUUACGAUGACCUGAGAUAUCUGCAUAUGAAAUGUUACCUCAUGAUUUAGCUUACCGAUGCGGUUUAGUCCUCGUCUGUUUUUUUGUGCCUUCGGUUGUGUACUACACGUCAGAAGGGCUGGUGCCGAGUGUCUAUUGUAGGGUGGGUUGUUUGCGAGUAUUAUAUCUCCGCUCUCUAGCCUGCAACAGCAAACUCGCCGAGAAUGCCAGAUUAGAUAGAUAGAAUUUAUCAUUUUGCCCU